AUGUUUUGUGAGUUAUUGAAACACUCUAAAGCUCGUUUAAGAGCAGAGCUCCAACAGUUCGUCCAUAGAGACUUUCAUGAAGUUGUUCAGAGGAUGACCAUCCUAGACACUGUUCUUUUCUUGAUUGUGCAAUUAUUUGAUAAGUUGGGAGUUUGGCAUAAACUACCUGUGCUUUUGGGGCUAAUUCAUCUGGCAAUUCGCCGGCAUCUUUAUCAACGAUAUAACUUGUUGAACGUCGGCACAACCCCGAUCGGAGUUGGAUUUGACCCACUGGAUUUUCCUUACAGAACCGCCGACGGCAAGUACAACGACCCCGUCGAUGAAGCUAUCGGUGCCCGAGGAUCCUUCAUUGCUAGAAACAUCUUUCCUAUUGACCAAACCAAAAAUCUACUAAGUCCAGACCCGAUGGUAAUUGCUACGAAGCUUCUGGCGAGAAGAAAGUUCAUAGAUACAGGAAAGCAAUUCAAUAUCAUUGCUGCUUCUUGGGUUCAGUUCAUGAUCCAUGAUUGGAUUGAUCAUUUAGAGGAUACAAAACAGAUUGAAUUAGUUGCUCCACGUGAAGUUGCAAGCGAGUGCCCAUUGAAAUCAUUCAAGUUCUACAAGACAAAGCAGAUUCCCACGGGUUCGUAUGAGAUCAAAACCGGGUCUAUCAACAUUCGAACCCCUUGGUGGGAUGGAAGUGUUGUAUAUGGAAACGAUGAAGAAAGGUUGAGAAAGGUGAGAAGUUACGAAGAUGGGAAGCUGAAGAUAGGCGACGAUGGCCUUCUUCUUCAUGACGAGGAUGGCGUAGCCAUCUCCGGUGACGUCCGCAACAGUUGGGCGGGCGUCUCCGCCCUGCAGGCUCUCUUUGUUAAGGAACACAAUGCGGUCUGUGACGCUCUAGAGAAGGAAUAUCCAGAUUUUGAAGAUGAAGACCUUUAUCGCCAUGCGAGGCUGGUAACUUCUGCUGUUAUUGCUAAGGUUCAUACCAUUGAUUGGAGCGUUGAGCUUCUCAAGAGUGAUACUUUGCUUGCGGGAUUGCGUGGCAAUUGGUAUGGUCUUUUGGGAAAGAAAUGUAAGGACAAAUUUGGUAAUAUUGGGGGAGGCUUAUUGGGAGGUUUAGUGGGUUUGAAGAAACCUAUUAAUCAUAACGUUCCAUAUUCAAUAACCGAAGAAUUUAAUAGUGUUUAUCGUCUACACUCGCUUCUACCUGAUGAUUUCCAUCUUAGAGAUGUCUCCGUUGAUCCAGAUCACAACAAAUCUCCACCAUUCAUUCACAAGAGGAUAGAGGCAGAUAGAUUUUUCACAAGCCAUUUCAACGAAGAAACAUACACAAAGAAGGGAUUAGAAUGGGUGAAAUCCACAGAGAAUUUGAAGGAUGUGAUAGAAAGGCAUUACCCUGAAAUCUCACAGAAAUGGAUAAACUCAUCAAGUGCCUUCUCGGUGUGGGAUUCUCCUCCCAACAAACCCAACCCCAUUCCACUUUACCUUCGCAUUCCAUGUUGA